CUUUUGAAAUGUUUUGAUGGUCUAUUUAUUUGAUAGAGGAACAGUGUUCCUUCAAGCCUGGUAGUUAUUGAAGGUUUAAAGCAGAUAAUUGAGUAACUGUGGCUGUAAGAAUAAUACAAAAAAAAUGUAUUUGUCACUAAUCCACUGUUGUUUACAUGAAAUCUGUCAAGAUUCAUGGAAAAAUCAUUGACAGAACUGCGUAACUGUUACAGCAGAAGAUGUGGAGCACAUUUCCCCUGCUGGACUCUUGAGCUGAACUGUCAGGCAGCUGCAAGCUGCUGAGUGAGCUGCAGAUGUGCAGAGUUGCUGUGUACGGCCCACCAAAAAGGCCCGGUAGUGUAUGUGAGCAAAAAAGUAAAAAAUAAAUUUAAAAAAAAAAAUGCUUUGAAGACAUUGUCGGGUUAGGUUUUCAAACGUUGUUUUUAUUCUAAAUUCAACCAAAAACAAUGCUGUGUUUACACCAAUGUCCUCUCCCGGGGACUUCAAAUAACACUUUAGCUGUUUUCUGGAUUUCAUUACAAUAGAUAAUGAAACAGAAGAAGUCUCGUUUACAGAAUAAAUGUCACACUUACCGUGCUGUUCAAGGAUGUGCUCCUAGGAUGCUUUUGCAUGACACCGGUUGAUUGCCACUGCGGAGAGCUCAAUUCGAGUGUUGCUGUUGUUUCUCCCAGCAGGGAGAAGAGAGUGAUGUGUAAAGGUUUCCAGGAUUCAUCAUCUUGCAGCAAUGGCCUGAGGGACUCUCUGGACUAAGACCACGACGCUGAUAUGCAUUGAUGAUGAGUGGAGUCGGUGAAAACUCAUCUGACCCUGCAAGGGCAGAAGCACGAAAACGCAAAGAAUGCUCCGCCGAACUCAUAGGACCCAGUCCCAAGCGGAGCAACGAGAAGCGCAACCGCGAGCACGAGAACAAGUAUAUCGAAGAGCUCGCCGAGCUGAUCUUCGCCAACUUCAACGACAUCGACAACUUCAACGUCAAACCUGACAAAUGUGCAAUCCUGAAGGAAACUGUGAAACAGAUCAGGCAAAUAAAGGAGCAAGAAAAGGCUGCAGCAGCAAACGAGGAGGAGGUGCAGAAGGCUGAUGUCUCAUCAACAGGCCAAAGUGUGAUUGACAAAGACGCCUUGGGACCAAUGAUGCUGGAGGCCCUCGACGGCUUCUUCUUCGUGGUGAACAUGGAGGGCAACAUCGUGUUCGUGUCUGAGAACGUGACCCAGUACCUGCGCUACAACCAGGAGGAGCUGAUGAACACCAGCGUGUACAGCGUGCUGCACGUCGGCGAUCACGCCGAGUUCAUCAAGAACCUGCUGCCUAAAUCCCUCGUCAAUGGCGUCCCGUGGUCCAGCGAGGGUCCGAGGAGGAACAGCCACACGUUCAACUGCCGAAUGCUGGUGAACCCGCACAGCGAGAACCAGGACGAGUCGCACGAUCCCCAGCAGCAGAAAUAUGAGACCAUGCAGUGUUUUGCAGUGUCAGAACCCAAGUCCAUCAAGGAGGAAGGAGACGACUUCCAGUCGUGCCUGAUCUGCGUGGCUCGGAGGGUGCCCACGAAGGAAAGGCCCAUGCUUCCCACGCAUGAGAGCUUCACCACUCGCCAGGACCUGCAAGGUAAGAUUACGUCGCUGGACACGAGUCUACUGCGAGCGUCCAUGAAGCCAGGCUGGGAGGAUCUAGUACGGCGCUGCAUCCAGAGGUUCCACCUGCAGAACGACGGGGAGAUAUCCUUUGCCAAGAGACACCAGCAAGAAGUUCUCCGCCACGGUCAAGCGUUCAGUCCAAUCUACCGGUUCUCCCUCUCUGAUGGAACCAUCGUUUCUGCCCACACCAAGAGCAAACUGGUGCGCUCAUCUGCCACUAACGAACCCCAGCUCUACAUGUCCCUGCACCUCCUACAGAGAGAGCACCCGGUGUGUGGAAUGGGUCAGGACAUGGGUGGACAGGAAACGGGGAUGACCCCCAAACCGAUGAACCCCUCCACUCCCUCCAUGACUCCACCGACCCCGUGCGGUUUGCCCGGUUUGGGGCUUCAGGGCCAAGACACUACGAUCAGCAGCAACAGCACGCCUUUCUCUCCCCCGGGCCCCGCCGGCCCCAGGGAGCCAGCAGCCAUGGGGGGCCACAUGCAGGGCUACCGCUUCGGCUGCCCCCCUCCACACCCUAACUACACCGGGGGCAUGCAGCCGCCGCAGCAGGGCCCCAACUGGAGGAUGAACAGCCCUUCUCGUGCCAGCCCCAGUCCAGCUGGGGGGCCCCACCCGCCUCAGCAGAACUCUAUGCUGUCGCCAAGGCACCGGGGCAGCCCAGGGGGCGCGGGGAGCCCCCGUGUAGCCGGGGGCCUGCAGUCGCCCUCUCCUGUCGGGAUGUGCAGCAGCGGCCCUGGAAGCGCGGGCAGCGCCCAUUCUAACAGCUACACUAGCAGCUCUCUGUCCGCUCUGCAGGCCCUCAGUGAGUGCCACGGUGUGGGGCACGGGCCCUCGCACGCACACACACUGGGCUCCCCUGACCGGAAGAUAGGCUCCCCAGCCGGGGUCACGCCGGGAUCAGGUGUAAACCCUCACAUGAUGUCAAAAUUCGGAGGGAGCUCGAGCAUCGCGGGCGGAGCUGGAGACUUCGGCACUCACUCGGAGGUGAAUCAGGUACACGCUCAGGCCGAGGGCAACCAAACGGAGCCCAAGGAGGAGAGGGAGGGGUCCUUGGACGCUCAUGACGCCCACAGCCGCCUCCACGACAACAAGGGAAACACCAAGCUACUGCAGCUUCUCACCACCAAACCGGAACCCCUGGAGACGCCCCUUUCGCCGGGCGGCGGAGGAGAGGGAAAGGACCAGGCUGGAGCCGGGGCCCGAGGCGGCCACGCGGUCGGGAGCACUCACGCCACCUCGCUCAAAGAAAAACACAAAAUCCUCCACCAAUUGCUCCAGAACAGUACAUCCCCUGUAGACCUGGCCAAGCUCACCGCUGAGGCUACAGGCAAGGAGCUGGGCCAGGACCAAUCACAAGGUGCUGGGAACCCGUCGUCGGGGGCAGAAAUCACUCCCAAGCAGGAGCCGUUGAGCCCCAAGAAGAAGGACAAUGCACUGCUGCGCUAUCUACUGGAUAAGGAUGACACUGUAAUGAAGGACAAGGUCUCUAAGCUGGAGCCCGGGGAGGUGAAGGUCAAGGAACACCCCCAGGUCAAGGUGGAGAAGCCGGACGCCGGAUACGAUCGGGCCGAGCAGUCAUCGGAGCUUGACGACAUCCUGAACGACCUGCAGAGCGCUCAGCCGCAGCUCUUCUGCGAGCAGCGGCCGGUUUCGCUGCCCAGUCCCAUGGACAAGCAGAACAUCUUUAAUGACAUCCUGCAGAUGUCGGAGAGCAACGCCGCCAUGGCGACGCAGCAGCAACCCAGAGGCCUCGGACCCGGCAUGGGUCAAACUAAUUUUGGCGCUGUCCGACCAGGGCAGCCGGGCAGGGCAUUACCAGUGAGGAGUGUCUCUCUGGACAUGAAUGUCCCCUCACAGCAGCCAUCAUUGCAGUACCCCAUACGGGCCAACAGCCCUUACCCUGUAAUGCAUCAGCAGCAAGGCAUGUUGGGAGGUCAUGGCAUGAUGCCCAACCAGCCUGGUAUGGGCAAUGCAGGAUUGAUGACCCAAGGUGGUCCGCGGCCAGCCAUGCAGCAGCAGCAGCAGCAGCCGGAGGGAUGGACCGGUCCAGCUUCUGCGCCUCCUAUUGGAGCUUCCGCUCCGGGACAACAAGGAGGCAUGCAGGGUAGGAUGGUGCCCGGCAAUCCUCCGAUGAGACCCAACAGCCAGCCAGCACCCCGGCCGAUGCUGCAGUCUCCACUAAUGGCCAACGCCCAACCUGAUAUGGACAUUAAUAUGGUCGGCCACCAUUUCUCCCAGCAGCAGGCUCCGCCCAAUCAGACGGCCCCUUGGCCGGACAGCAUGAUGCCAAUCGAUCAGGCGCCUUUCGUAAACCAGAACAGACCUGCACAGCAAGAUGAUCUCCUCUGCAACCCGAGUCUCGAUCAAGGCAGCGCAGUGGACGAGGGGGCCCUGAUGUCCCAGCUGUACUCGGCACUAAAAGAUUUUGACGGAUUAGAAGAGAUCGAUCGAGCUCUCGGCAUCCCCGCCCUGGUGGAACAGAGCCAGUCACUGGAACCAGAGCAGUUCCCCCCGGACCCAGCCAUCAUGUUGGACCAGAAGCCCCCAAUGUACGCGCAGCAGUUCGGCCCGCCGCCCUCCCACAUGGUGCCGAGGGGCUUUCCCGGCCCUCCCAUGCAGGAGCCCGGCUUUCACCCGAUGGCCGGCCAGAUGGGGCCCCGGCCGACCUACCCCAUGAUGAGGAUGCAGCGGCCCGGACUCAGGCCGGCUGGGGUCGCCCCGAACCAGCCCAACGCGCUGCGGCUGCAGCUCCAGCACCGGCUUCAGUCCCAACAGCAGAAAAGUCAGCCAAUGAUGACUCAGAUGCCUGGCGUGUCAAAUGUGAACCUACCUCUACGAGCCAGUGCUCCAAACCAGGGAAACAUCAACGCUCACAUGUUGGCGCAGCGUCAGCGGGAGAUGCUCAGCAACCACUUGAGGCAGCGACAGCAGCAGCAGCAGCAGCAGCAGCAGCAGCAACAGCAGCAGCAGCAGCAGCACGUUCAGCAGGCCCAGCAGGUCCAGCAGCAGCGCAGCAUAGCCAUGAGGGCCCAGGGCCUCAGCCUGCCUCCCAACAUGGCCGGAGGCCUGAGCAACCCCAGGAACCCCCAGGCCGCCCCCCAGCAGUUCCCUUACCCGCCCAGCUACGGUACCAGUACAGGCCUGGCCUCGUCACCUCCCACCAGCCCCUUCUCCUCCCCUCUCUCCCCCAGCCUCCCCACUCUGCCCCCCAACCCUCAGCUCCACCUGCAUGGCACCUCCUCUUCCUCCACCUCCUCCUCCUCACAGAUGAUGAUGGGAAACACAAACAUGAUGGGCGGACAGUAUGUGGGCGUACUCAGCCCUCAAAUGCAUCACAGUGCCUUUCAGUUUCCCAACUCAGGUAUGAGCCAACAGGCAGACGGGAGUUUUGCUGGGGCCAGCACGCCGCAGAGCCCGCUGCUUUCCCCGCGCAUGGCGCACACACAGUCCCCCAUGAUGCAGCAGGGCCAGCAGAACGCCGCUUUCCAGGGUUCCCCUGACAUGAACGGAUGGCCACAGGGUAACAUGGGAGGCAACAGCAUGUUCUCGCAGCAGCAGGCGUCGCCGCAGUUCGCCCAACAGAACAGCAGCAACAUGUACAACGGCAACAGCAUGGGCCUCAACAACCAGCUGAGCGGCCAGAUGAGCGUCACGUCCAUGGCGUCGGGGUCCUCGCCCGGCUUGCCCUCCAUGGGGCAAGAGCAGAAAUUCUGUUGACCCCCUUGAAGCUUCUUAACACGAACCUCAGCGAUCAGCUGGUGCAGGGAGCGCGUCGGCCCUUUAAGAAUCAAAAACACAAACUCGUAAGUAACCGACUGCCCCUUGGAUCAGCCGGGCCGCCCCCCGCCCCCCCCCCCCCCCCCCCCCCUCUCUCACUCCCUUUUCACCCCAACUGACCUGUUGGGCCCCGGACUGACACAGGAGUGAGCAGAAGGCCAGCCUACCUGCCCGUCCAGCUGCAUUCACCGUCGUGUGACUUACUGUAGGGCCCUCCUGGUGGGAUACACUGACUUCAGGGAGCAGAGGGGGCAUCAGUGGAUGUGUUGAAUGUAUUCCUCUCAGCGGACAGCGGCCAUCUACAAUCUCAUCUCAGAGCAGAACCGAAUUGUUCUUCUCUCUUCACUCAUUUGGGACGUUUCCUCAUGGGUUUCUAACGGCAGCAGAGACUCCCGGGUCAUGUUCAUAAGUACGAACGGAGCUCAGUCGUUUUUUUUUUUGUUUUUUGUUUUUUUUUGUUUUUUUUUUGCCUUUUUGCUGUAUUUUAUUUUAUAAUUGUUUUUUUUUUUUUCUUGUUAUGAAAAUGAAUAUGUAGAUUGAAGACAGAGGAGUGGGGGGGAAGAAAACUGAUCUUGAUAAACACUGCAGAAGAAUGAUUUGAGUGGAAUUCUAUUAGAAUAAUUUAGUCAAGAGGUUUAUAUAGUGUAUUAAAUUAAGUUUUAUUUUUCUGUAUAGAUUCAUUUUAAUUAUUGUAGAUGAUUCUUUAUCCUUGUAGCAAGAAGAUAUUCCUAAAAGUGUGAAAGAGGCACUUUUUAUCGUUUUUAACAGUAAUGGUUGAGAAGAUUCUUCUAAUCGCCUGAAUUAUGGAUUAUAAUCUUGGUCCAGCUGUUUCAGAAGAUGUCAAAAUCAAAUAUGGUUCAAAAUGAAUUGUACAUACCGAUGAGUGAAAAAAAAA